CACACGCAUCAUUGCGAGAGUGACGUAUGAACGGCAGAAGAGACGAAAACGAAAGAAAAGCCUUUCUGUGCCGUUGUUAUCUUCUAUCGUACCUGAAGAAUGGAGACAAACGGCCAGGCUAAUGGGCUUAAAUCAAAAAAGAAAGAAAAUGGGGACGCCAAGGACAACCUAUGGUCUUCGAUAUUAGAAGAAGUUCAAAACCAAGGGAACACAAAACUACCUUCAAAUAAAAAUGUAUUAGUUUUGGGUGACAAUGAGACUGGUAAAACUACAUUAGUAGCAAAAUUACAGGGUGUUGAAGACCCUAAAAAGGGUUCGGCACUCGAAUAUGCGUACAUAGACGUAAGGGAUGAAUAUCGAGAUGAUCAAACGCGUCUCAGUGUGUGGGUGCUGGAUGGGGAUCCAGGUCACACGAACCUCCUCAAGUUUGCGCUCAGCGAGGAGACAUUCCCUCACACGCUGGUCCUCCUCACCGUGGCGAUGACCACGCCGUGGGGUAUACUAGACCAGCUGCAGAGCUGGGCGUCAGUGCUCGGCGACCAUAUAGACAAAUUAGAUCUCACACCGGGUAAGUAGAAAUAAAUUAUAAAGAUUCUAUCA